GUGGUUUAUUUUGAUCUAGUUAGUGGACAACAGUUAACAAAAAAAAAGCAAAAUGAAAAAUUAUAUGUUAAUUUUAUUGUUGGUUCUGCCAACUAUCAUCUGCACUUUCAAUGCACCCAACAAAUUUUCCGCCUUUGCCGAGGAUGUUGUUGAGGAUGAUAUUGUCGAUGCCGAUGGUGAUGAUGGUUCCGUAACUGGUGAAGAUGCCGAAACUGAAGAUGAUUCUGAGCCCCUACAAACGACAUCGCCCUAUGCCGACACCUUCUUGUUGUUUACCAAGCCCACCUACACCCCUGGCCAACAAUUGGAUUUGCCCGGUGGCAAGCCUGUUGAAUUCUUGAUCGGUUUCACCAACAAAGGUCCCAAUGAUUUCGUCGUUGAAUCUGUUGAAGCUUCUUUCCGUUAUCCCAUGGACUUCAACUACUACAUUCAAAACUUCUCUGCCAUCGCUUACAACCGUGAAGUCAAGCCCGGUUCUGAAGCUACCGUUUCCUACUCUUUCUUGCCCUCUGAUCAAUUCGCUGGCCGUCCUUUCGGUUUGAACAUUGCCAUGAACUACCGUGAUUCCAAUGGUGUCCAAUUCAGUGAAGCCGUCUUCAACGAAACCGUCUUGAUCUCCGAAGUUGAUGAGGGUCUUGAUGGCGAAACCUUCUUCUUGUAUGUCUUGAUGGCUGGUGUUGUUGUUCUGCUCUUGGUCAUUGGUCAACAAUACUUGUUGGGCUCCUCUGGUAAACGUAAGCGUUCUGCUGCCAAGAAGACUAUUGAAACUGGUACCACCAACGACAGCACAAUUGACUACGAAUGGUUGCCACAAGAAACUUUGCGUGCUUUGCAAAAAUCUCCACCCAAGUCAAAGACACCCAAAACAUCGCCCAAACCCGGCAAACAAAGCAGUCCCAAGCAAACACAAAGUCCCAAACCCAAAAAGGCUGUUAAACAACAAUAAGAUGUAGUAGCUUUACAAUAAUAAGAUCAUCAACAAAUUUUUCAACACCACCACUCACAC